UGCGAAAGGUGUACUUUAGGGGCACGCAGUGGUUAUUCGGUCUUUCGGUAGCCGACGAGGCAAAAGUGUACGCAUUCUAAUCUCUAUAGCAGACGGAUCGAUUCCUUGUCGCACAGUGCAUCGUUCGCAUUUAUGAUAUUCAAAUAACCUGCAUGAUAUUUCCGUCUUUAUAAAGAAGUGUUGAAAAGUUUCUUUGCUAAUUUCAAACGAAUCUCUGAAGUGAAAUGUUACAAGACUAUGGCGUUUCAAGUUAAAACAGUGAUAGUAGUUUUGUUUUUCACGCUUCGAGCCGGUACGCCUGCGCAUUUUCCCAACAUAUUACCAUUUUCUUCGUGGUUGCUGCAAAACCAAGAGGCUGAAGGGAACCCUGAUGGUGACGAGGUACAAGUUGUAUAUUUGCCGAAGCCGGUGCCUCGAGAAGCAUUAUCAUCGUCGGAUUCAUCACAGGAUGCAGUUCCUUUUCCCUACAGCUUUAAAGCAUUCGGAAGAAAUUUCGACCUGCAAUUAGUUCCGAACAGGCGGCUGGUGUCACCGCAAUUCCGCGUGUGGUCAGAGCGGGGUGAGGAGGAGCCGCUGUCGGAUGUGGACGCAAACUGUCAUUUCCUGCACUCCGGCCCUGGCACCGUCGCUGCGAUCUCUGCGUGCAAGGAUCAUGCUUUUCACGGCCUCAUCGUAACCGAGAACUCAACAUACGAAGUGCGUCCACUAUCGAGAGGCGCGGGGCGCGCAGAGGCCGCACGGCAAGGACGCAGCGCGCACAUCAUUCGCCGCGCGACGCCGCCGCCGCUGACGCACGACGACGCCAGACCGCUGCGCCACAGCCCGCGGCGUCCACGCGUCCACCCGUCUAAGCCCGCCCCCUCGUCGUACACCAUUGAAAUAGCUUUAUUCCUUGACCAGUCCGCGUAUAAAAUCUUUCACCCUUACCACAACUACAAUGAAGGCGACCUUCGGGAUAUGUUGCUCGCCUACAUCAAUGGAGUGCAAGCUCUAUACCACCACCCAUCUUUGGGGACCCGUAUCCAGCUGUCACUGGUCCGCCUCACGCUGCUCCGGUCGCAACCCCGCGAGCUGCCAGCUCACGCGGAACGAGGCAGACUGCUCGACUCCUUCUGCGCGUACCAACGAUCCCUGAAUGUUGAGGAUGAUGAUGAUCCGCAACAUUGGGAUAUGGCUUUGCUGCUUUCUGGGCUAGACUUCUAUUCAGAGGAAGGCGGUCGUCGCAACGGAGUGACGAUGGGUCUGGCUCCCGUGGGGGGAGUGUGUCUCCCGGCACACGCCUGUGUUGUGUCCGAGUUCGGCACGACGGACACUUUGGGCCGACCCUACCCGUCCGCCGGCUUCACCUCCGUCUACAUACUCGCUCAUGAAAUUGGACACAACCUUGGCAUGCACCACGACGGUUCGGGCAACUCGUGUACUCGAGAGGGAUAUAUUAUGUCACCAUCCCGCGGCACAAAUGGUGAAGCCACUUGGUCACAUUGCAGCGCACGUGUCGUCGCUGAUUUGCAGUGGGCAACAUGUCUUUUUGAUAGUGAAGAUGACUUAGACACACCAAAUGAAUUGCAACAUGGUAAAUUCGGCGGAUAUCCAGGCGUUACUUGGGGAGCAAAGAAGCAAUGUGAGGUGCUGCUACGCGACAAAGAUGCAGUUCCCGUGGACGGAGGCAGCAAUCUGUGUGCACAGCUGACAUGCCGGACUCCACACCGUGCUGGCUUCUAUUACUCCGGACCGGCUUUACCUGGCACAUCCUGUGGAAAUGGAAAAUGGUGUGACGGCGGCGCGUGCCAGAGCACCGACCCCUCAUACAAGCCGAGCACGGUCCCCCCCGGCACGACCUGGAGCGCGUGGAGCUCGGGCGAGUGCCGGUCCGGCUGCACGCAGCGCGGUCGUGGCGCGCUCGAGCGGCGCCGCUCGUGCCCGCCCGCCGCGAGCUGUGAGGGCGCGUCCUAUGAUGUCGCGCUUUGUGAUGAUACUAAGGUAUGCGGCAAGAAAACGAGAGUAAGCGCAAACGACUUAGCUGCCAGAAAAUGUACUGAAUACGCUAGAAUACUUCCCGAGCUGGAUUCUCGAGGUGGAGGCUUGCAGGCUCCUCACGAUCCCACUCGUAUGUGGAUGGGCUGUGCUAUAUUCUGUCGACGUGCGGCCGGCGGCGGCUUCUACGCGCCGAGGGUUGAGCUAAACGACGCUGGACUCGACCCGUACUUCCCAGACGGCACCUGGUGCCACCAUGAUGGUUCUACGAAUUACUAUUGUCUUCAACACCAUUGUCUACCCGAGAAUUUCAAGAUGACUGCGCAGUAUCACAUUUGGGAGCUGCCAAGUGAAGACGUGGGAGGGCCGUUCAACGCGCGUGCGCGGGCGGCCCCCGACGAUGACGACGCCCUCGCAGCUCUACGAUCUUACCUUUCGUUAGAUGAUAAAGGAACUCCAUAUGCUCGUGCCGCUAUUCCACCCCAAAUGCCCGAAGAGCCAGAAGAUAAUUGGGAGGUUAUGGACUACGUAGACAUACCGCCAAAAAACAAUUCAUCAACAACUCAGAAUUAAUAUAUUCUAUGGGUACUACGCUAUUCCAGUGGUUUGCUGAACAUAAUUUUAAAUCUGUAUGUGCUUGUAAUAUUUAAUGACAUACAUAUAAGUGCGUUUUAAAAAUGUAGAGUCGUUAUUUUAAGCUUGGAUACUUUAUCGUUUUCGCAAUUCAAUCGAUCUUGCUGAAUUACAUAUUAUGUUUUCUUAUAGUAGUACGAAUUCAAUUUAAAAAUCACUAACUAGUAGUAGUAAUUAAUUUUAAAGAGUUUUUAGAGUAAAUUUGAUUUUAUGAUUUCGAUUGAAUGAUAUCUUACUGUCUUAAAAUUUUGUCUACCUAGGUACUUCUGUAGAAAUAUAAAAUUUAUUUUACAAUUAAUAAUAAUAUAAUUGUCAAAAAUACAACAAGUAUUUGUUCAUGUGCUAGUCAAUAUAAUAAUUAUAGCAUAUAAGUUUAUUUUAUUUUAAUUCUUAGAUUUAUAAAAUAAUAAA